UUUAUGAAUUAAGAGGAGUGGCGAAUAACACAGGCCGAUAGAACGUGGAGAAAAAGAAACCUGGCUCGGAAAAAAAAAAUAGCAGAUCGCGAAACUCGACGCUCCCUCGCUCGCCGCGGCAGAAGGUGAGUGAAGAGGACGGGAAUAUGCACGGCAAGGAGGAUGAAGGAUAUUCGAGUGGGAAGGAUUCUUUGGCAGCACCGAAUUCCAACGAGGAAACGGGCAGCGGCGGAUCGUCGGGGACGUCUUCUUCUGCGGACAAGAAGAAGGAGAAGACAAGGGUGAGUAGGACAUCGCUAAUACUGUGGCAUACACACCAGAAUGACGCCUCCGCCGUCCGCAAGCUCCUGCAGGAAGAUGGCAACCUCGUGAACGCCACGGACUAUGACAAUCGCACCCCGCUUCACGUUGCAUCUCUUCAUGGCUUGAUCGAUGUGGCCAAGUGCCUCCUCGAGUACGGCGCUGAUGUCAAUUCGCAGGAUCGUUGGAAGAAUACGCCACUUGCUGAUGCUGAGGGAGCUAAGAAGCACAGCAUGAUAGAGUUGUUGAAAUCACAUGGUGGAUUGUCUUUUGGACAAAAUGGAAGCCAUUUUGAACCUAAACCCGUCUUGCCCCCUCUUCCUCACAAGUGCGACUGGGAAAUUGAUCCAUCGGAACUAGAUUUCUCAUCCUCGUCUGUAGUUGGAAAGGGAUCCUUUGGUGAGAUUCUAAAGGCCUUUUGGCGUGGAACACCUGUAGCAGUUAAACGGAUUCUUCCAACGUUAUCAGAUGAUAGAUUGGUUAUACAAGAUUUCAGGCAUGAGGUCAAUUUGUUGGUAAAGUUGCGCCACCCAAAUAUUGUUCAGUUUCUCGGUGCAGUAACGGACAGAAGACCCUUGAUGUUAAUCACAGAGUAUCUACGAGGGGGUGACCUCCAUCAAUUUCUGAAGGAAAAAGGCUCACUCAGUCCAUCUACCGCCAUCAGUUUUGCACUAGACAUAGCAAGGUACACUUUUUUUUCAAGUUAUUCCAUGUUUAUAUACACUUGAUAUUUACUGGAUACUUAUAGCAGCUACGACCUCCAUAUAUUUUUAUCAUCUCCCAACCUCUCUCAAAACAAGAUCUUAGCUCAACACCGGGUC